UCAGCAGUAUAGUACGACAUCACCACGUGUUAGUAAAAUGACGCCUGAAUCAUGGUUAAAGAUAACUGUUCUUAUUCAGGAUGGAAGAAGAAAAGUUCAUUUUUUAUUAGAAAAUGGCAAGGAAAUGGUAGAAGAAUAUAACAUGGAUACAAAUGUAGUAGUACGAAGAAUAUGGAAAAAAAAAAAUAGUUUUGGUACAGAUCAGGGGUGGAUCGUAGAAAUUGGGGAUCCUGAACCUAAAGAAAAUAAUAUUGAAAAAGAGGGGAUACAAGAAAGUUCAAAUACUCCAUUUGUUACACAGAGAAUUACAAAAACAUCCCUGGAGUGGCGGAUUAGAAAUUUACCAUAUCCUAGUAAUGUAUACUCUAUUACUGCAGAGAAAGAUAAUACUAUAACUGUAUGUACUAGUAACAAUAAGUACUUCAAAAAGUUAAGGGCUCUAGAUCUCGAGCGAAUUGGGCUAAAGCCAGAGCAAGAACGGAUAUCAUUUAAGCAUCAGUAUAAUACUUUAAUUAUUACGUAUAAAAAGCCUCCUGAACUUCUUGAUGUGGAAAAAAAAAUAUUAUCCAAGAUUCUGCAGAUUAAAGCUACAGAAUCUCCAAAUCAAUGUCCAGUCAGUUAACAAAAAGUAUUACGAU